UGUGACAUUAUAAUUGAUAUAUGAACAUAAAUGAAUAUUAAAACGGAUUGGUAUUAUAUGCAAUGAUCCACGCUGCCUAGCAAAUUACAAAACCAAUUCAUUUGGAGAUGUCUUUGGGCUAGUUCUUUAAAGUAUAUGAUGUAUUUGAAAAUUGAUUUUUCAGCAUCUGUGAGCAAAUCAUUCAUGCAGCAGGUGGUUUGAAUGCUACAUCAUUAUCGGAAUUAUCAGUCUAUUGGUCAGUCAUAUGAAAUCAAGCGAGAUGAGAAGUCGAGAGCCGUUGCUUGUUUUGAGUUUGGUGACUAUAUUUUGUUUCCUACUCACCACGGUAGUGCUACUCGGAACCCUGUCAACAGUGGGCCCUAAUGUCAGUAAAAAUGAUCAUCAUCUCACGGCUAAGAACGUUUUUUAUCCCGAACCGAAAACAGAAUCAGUGGGACAAAAACCCGCCCUAACAUACAAGCAAGUCACAAAUAAAAAAAAAUCAUACAGACUUGCAUCUCUUUUACAAAGAAUGUUGAAAACUCAUCCAAGACUAGCGGAUGAUUAUUUCGGAUUCAACGUCACGAGAAGUGACGAGAUCCCGGUGACGAGAGACGUGCCUGAUGCAAGACCAUCUGAAUGCAAAAACAGGAAUUUCAACUACUCUUCUCUUCCAACAUUAUCAAUCGUCACUCCAUUCCACAACGAAGCUCUGACGCCAUUAUUACGUCAUGUUCACGCCAUUUUGUCCCGAACUCCGCCACAGCUCCUGAUGGAGAUAAUUCUAGUGGAUGAUAACAGCACCUUUUCAUAUCUAGGUGAAGACCUACAAGAAUAUUUCCAAAUCUUGGAUUCACGAAUUCAAAUAAUACGUAACAAAGAGCGAAAGGGUUUGAUACUUUCAAGACUGCAAGGGGAAGAGAAAUCACAUGGUGAAGUCGUGGUUUUCCUUGAUGCUCAUAUGGAGGUUUGUGAGGGUUGGGCAGAACCACUGCUGGAGAGGAUUAAGAGUCAGCCAGCCAUUGUGGUCCAAGCAGACCCGAUUCCGAUCAAUGAACAGACAAUUGGUUUGGACACUGGGAUUCGUUCAAGUUGCAUAGGAGGUUUUGGAUGGGACAUGCGGUACAAAUGGUUUCUUCUACCUCCAUAUUUGAAUCAGUUUCGGGCAUCCGAAUGGGAACCAUUUCCAAACCCAGUACUACAAGGAUCCUGCAUCGCCGUCAGAAAGUCCUACUUUAACGCCGUCGGACGAUUCGAUCCAGGCCUUGAGAUCUGGGGAGGUGAACACUUUGACCUAUCCUUUAAUGUCUGGAUGACAGGAGGAAGAAUUGAAACAGUACCUUGUUCAAAGGUUGGCCACAUCUACAAAGGAAACAAAUACAGUUUUGGUUCAAAUGAAGUGGAAUAUACGAUUUUCAAAAAUAAUCUACGUGUAUCGGAGGUGUGGAUGGAUGAGUAUAUAUAUUUUGUCCGUGCCGCAAUCUCCCAUAUUCUUAAUCCGCUGCCAGUGUUUACGGAAGCUGAACUGAGGUCUUUACAGGAAAGAAAGAAGUUGCGACAAGAGCGUAAUAGUAAGUCAUUUGCUUGGUUCUUGAAGAGUGUCCAUACUGAACUGAUUGUUCCAUCGAAGGAGGAUGUGUUUUUUGGAGAAAUAAAAAACACAAAGAGUGAGCAGUGCUGGUUUGUAUUUGAGGACGAUUAUAUAGGUACAACUGGACAAUGUGGCUUCAUAAUAAAAGAACAAACAUUUUCUUUGGAUAAGUAUGGGAGAUUGAAAUAUCUGGACAGGUGUGUUGGAUAUGAAGAGUCGACGUUUCUUCUGCGGAUCAAAGAGUGUCCAUCCAAAUCGGAGUCGAAAACAUCGAUGACGUGGGUACAUGCGAAUGACAAUUUGAUGACUGUGUAUCAUUCGGAGUAUAUUUGUGCUUAUCAAGUUAAAUCCACAUUUCCGAUCCACACUGGGAAGGAUCUGGUACAAUUACAGACAUGUGCCCAAAAAACCGAAUACCAAACAUGGACGUUUAUGUUCAGAUUUUAGUGACGAAAGGAAGUCUGUGAACAAUUCUUUAAUAAAUAUUUGGAUAAAACUGAAAAACAAAUCCCCCUGGUGACCUUUGGACUGAUUUUCAGAAAAAUACAAAAUAUUUAAUCUAAACGUUAAAACAGAACACUCAAACAAUUAUUGUUACGUUUUGAAGUUCUAGGAAAGAAAUGAUGAUAACAUUCACACAAAAUGUCACCAAACCUAAACACCCAAUCUAUAUGGGUUGCUAGGUACCAGAUCUGACUCAGACUCUUCACAGGAAAAGAGGUCAUGAGUUGACAUUGUCAGUGAUUUGCUUUACACUAUAAUUUAAAUGCGUUCCAUUAAAAUAAAGGAAAAGCAUGACGAUUGUGUGUGAUAUUUUCCAUAGAUAUUUGCAAAUGUAUUGUAAUCAUUGAGAUAUUGAAAUAUAUAUAUAUUAUAAGUGAUUGAUAUUAUAAGCAAUGAUCAAAGCCAUCAAGCAAGUCUCCGAACGUGAC